CGCUGUUCGAUGCUUGUACCACCACGCCGCACGGAGCAAUCGCAGUACAAAAGUGAGACUGACCGGUUGCGUUUCAUGGAUUCACCUCUUUCUCUCCCCUCCUUUUUUUGAUUCACUGUGCCGAAUAACCGUGCCAUUUUUAUACUUUCAAAAUCAUUUGAAUGCUAUUGUCGUGGGACAGAUCGCGGUCACUACAGCAGGGACAGAUUUGUGUGUGGAAAAUAAUUUGCUCCGUGGUCUGUUCCCUGUUGCUGCGCUAAGCAUUUUCAACUACAAGGGCGAGUGGAAGCGGAACCCAACAGACAGCUACAUCUACAUAUGUUCAAACCAACAUUUUUCAUUAAAAAAGACAAUGAAAAAGCUUCUGAACCGUCAGUAAGCUUCGGACUAAACCGCUGCAUCCUUCAUCUGAUUUCAAAAAAGGAUUCUUUGAACAUCACAUCCAACUGUUUCGCUGAAGGCAUUUAGUAAAAGCGCGCUUUUCUGUUGUCAGGGCAUUCAGUCUAUACAACAUUCUAUUCUGUACACCUAGCUACAUUCAAGAUUUCUUUUUUUAAAAAAAGACACGUAUUUAAAAACGCAAAUGAAGAGGGAAUGGUGUAGGCUGUAUCCGUAACGUUUUAUCAUAUGCAUGUAUUUUUUUCCCUGAGACUUAAAGAACUCAUCUUUUCAAAACAAAAAUACAACAAAAAAAAAUUAAAAUACACUACCAGACCGGCGAAAGCAGGCAACCAAAGCGGGGAAACAGAGGCUCAUGUUAAAAAAAACAGAUGGCCUGUUCUGAGGCCCAGCCCACAGAACAAAGGCAGGCAUUGUGAUGUGGACAGCUGUGCUUCAUCUGAUUGGCCAGAUACUAGAGUGCUUCCUGUGCUCCACUAUGGAUUAGUGACCUGAACCUCUGGAGGUCAAAGGUGGCUGUGACAGGGGGACCCCCAGGGCAGGACCCAUGAGGAGUCAUAGAAGAUGCUCGCAGCCUUGGCGCCUCUGCUCCUCAUAGCCAUGUGUGUGAGAGGAACCUCCAGCAGCCCACUUUCCCUGAGAAUUGCCGCUAUUCUAGAUGACCCUAUGGAGUGCAGCCGAGGGGAGCGCCUGGCCAUCACUCUGGCCAAGGAGGGCAUCAACAGGUCCAGCAAUCGCUCCACAACAGGCAAGCUGGAGGUGGACAUCUUUGAGCUGCUGAGGGACAGCGAGUAUGAGACAGGGGAGACCAUGUGCCAGAUAUUAUCCAAGGGGGUGGUGGCAGUCCUAGGCCCCUCUGCCAGCCCUGCAUCCAACUCCAUCAUCAGUAAUAUUUGUGGAGAAAAAGAGGUGCCCUAUGUGAAGGUGGCCCCUGAGGACAUCCUGAAGGCACAAUUCCCUCGUUUCACAACCCUUGACCUGCGCCCCACCAAUACAGACAUCAGCCUGGCUGUGGCUGGCCUCCUCACCUUCUUCAACAGCACCUCAGCCUGCCUUGUCUGCGCGUCAGCUGACUGCCUAAUGAACCUGGAGCGACUGCUCCGUCAGUUUCUCAUCUCCAAGGAAACGCUCUCAGUGCGCAUGUUGGAUGACAGCCAGGACCCUACACCACUCCUCAAGGAGAUACGUGAUGACAAGACUGGCACCAUCAUCGUGGAUGCCAAUGUCACCAUGUCCCACAUUAUACUGGAGAGGGCCUCAGAGCUGGGGAUGCUCUCAGUCUACUAUACCUACAUCUUCACCUCGCUGGAAUUUUCCCUGCUGCAGCUGGACACUGUGGCUGACCAGCGCGUCAAUAUUGUGGGCUUCUCUGUCUUUGACCAGAGCCACCCCUUUUUCCAGGACUUCCUCCUCAGCCUUAACCGGUCCUGGCAGGAGAACUGCGACCAUGCCCCCUUCGCUGGGGCACCGCUUUCCUCAGCGCUGAUGUACGACGCAGUCCACACAGUUGUGGCGGCCGUCCAAGAGCUGAACCGCAGCCAGAACGUGGGGGCGACGCAGCUGUCCUGCAAGUCCUCCAAGAUCUGGGAGCAUGGCACCAGCCUGAUGAACUAUCUGAGGAUGGUAGAAUUGGAAGGCCUAACUGGUCACAUCGAGUUCAACAGCAAAGGCCAACGCUCUAACUACAUGCUGAGGAUCAUGCGGAACACCAGAGAAGGGCUAAGGCAGAUUGGCCAGUGGCAUUCAGAGCAGGGCCUGUACAUGGAGAAGAGGCUGCAUUCUCCAAAUGUGACAGAUACACUCUUCAAUGCCACCCUCACCAUCACCACCAUCCUUGAGAACCCAUAUGUGAUGCUGCGUCAGAACCACCAGGAGCUGGAGGGAAAUGAGAGAUAUGAGGGCUUCUGCGUGGACAUGCUGCAGGAGCUGGCCGAUAUCCUCAAAUUCAACUACCGCAUCAAGCUGGUGGCCGAUGGGCUGUACGGAGUGCCGGGGGCCAACGGCACCUGGACCGGCAUGGUGGGCGAACUCAUCUCCCGGAAAGCUGACCUGGCCGUCGCUGGACUCACCAUCACUGCGGAGAGAGAGAAGGUCAUCGACUUCUCCAAGCCCUUCAUGACCCUGGGGAUCAGUAUCCUGUACAGAGUGCACCUGGCCCGUAGACCUGGGUACUUCUCCUUCCUGGACCCCUUCUCCCCUGGUGUCUGGCUCUUCAUGCUGCUGGCAUACCUGGCAGUCAGUUGUGUGCUCUUCCUGGUGGCCAGACUGACCCCCUAUGAGUGGUAUAAUCCUCACCCCUGCCUGAGGGGGCGCUGUAACUUGGUCAUCAACCAGUACUCUCUGGGAAAUAGUUUCUGGUUCCCCGUGGGGGGAUUCAUGCAGCAGGGCUCCGCCAUCGCCCCCCGCGCUUUGUCCACACGUUGUAUUAGUGGCGUCUGGUGGGCCUUCACCCUCAUCAUCAUCUCGUCCUACACGGCCAACCUCGCAGCCUUCCUCACUGUGCAGAGGAUGGAGGUGCCCAUUGAAUCAGUGGACGACCUGGCCGACCAGACGGCCAUCGAGUAUGGCACCAUGCACGGGGGCUCCACUAUGACCUUCUUCCAGAAUUCACGGUACCAGACAUACCAGCGCAUGUGGAACUUCAUGCACUCCAAGCAGCCCAGCGUGUUCGUGAAGAGCACAGAGGAAGGCAUCGCCCGGGUGCUCAACUCCAACUACGCCUACCUGCUGGAGAGCACCAUGAACGAGUACUACCGCCAGCGCAACUGCAACCUCACCCAGAUCGGCGGCCUGCUGGACACCAAGGGCUACGGCAUUGGCAUGCCGCUGGGGUCAGUGUACCGUGAUGAGUUUGACCUGGCCAUCCUCAAACUGCAGGAAGACAACCGCCUGGAGAUCCUGAAAAGGAAAUGGUGGGAGGGGGGCAAAUGCCCCAAAGAAGAGGACCAUCGCGCAAAAGGUCUGGGGAUGGAGAACAUUGGUGGGAUCUUUGUGGUUCUGGUUUGUGGCCUGCUGGUCGCCAUCUUCAUGGCAGUGCUGGAGUUUGCGUGGAUGCUGCGGCAGACACCUGGAACAGAGCAGUCAGUCUGUGAGGAGAUGCUGCAGGAGCUGCGGGGGAUCCUGCUGUGCCGGGACAGCCUGCAGCUGCGGCGCAGGAGAGGGGUGGGACUCCUACGGGCACGGCCCCUCCUGCUGGAGGACCGGCGGGCCCGCGCCGCCGCCGCCGCCGUCAGCCUCAGCAAUGGCAUGGUGUGCGGGGGCGGGGCCCUCCCGGAGCCUCUGUCACACAGACUGGCCCAAGAGGCCACCCUAGUGGCCCAGGGCUGCGCCCACGUCCGCAUCUGCCCCGAGUGCCGGCGCUUCCAAGGCUUGAGGGCGCAGCCACAGGGGGCCAGCGGAGCAUCGCCUAUCCACAGCGAGGGGAGCAUAGAGUGGGAGAAGACCACCAACAGCAGUGAACCCGAAUAAGCUCCACCCACCCCACCCACCCCUCUACCCACCUAUCAUUUCCUCUGUGGGUGCAGGGCCACUGUGAGGUUUAAUCAGAACCAGAAAAAGCGCUUCAGGCCCUGUGCUGGGUUUAGGAGGAGGGUCAGGUGACUCUCUGGCAGCAUCAAUGGCAUCUGGGUUGGUGGGCACCUGUGGGUAUUGAAACUCCUGAGGAAGUUGUGGACAUGCUGGCCUGACUGUGACAGGAGAAGCUCAGUGCUGAGACAGCUCCCUCCCAGAGUCUCCCACACUACACUGGAUUUGGGGCUGAUCAGCAAAGGGGCAGAGUACUAUGCAGAGUUUUCUUGCUUUGUCAAUUUCUUUUUCUAAAUUAUUUUCAUCCUUUUUUGUUAUCGUCAUCAUUGUUGCUCCCAUACAAGUCACUUUCAUAAAUGUUCUCAUUUUGAAUGUAGUUCUGUGGGUAGUAUUUCCUUUUCACAGUGGUAGAAAGUGAAUAGAGAGGAUCCCAAAUCAAGUCUAUAAAUCCAUACAUUGGAAAGGAUGCUGAAACUGUGCAAAAACAAACAGAACAUGAACAC